AUGUCAUCAUCCAUCACCAUCCCGACUGGCCGAUCAUCGGCUUCGCCCAGGACUUUUCACUCGCCCUCCAAGGCCAUGGCUAGCUCCUCGAUGAGCCCCUUCUCCAGCUUUCAUCCACCUUCGUCACCUUCGCCGAGCCCAAACACAAAGUUGCUGCAUGCCCGACGGCCCAGCUUACUGAGCUCUUCUAUUUCAAAGCAGGAAAGCACCGUCAUCAAUAUUGGCGACCCUGAUGGACCACCGCGAUUGAUCUCGUACCUCUCCUCUAGCCAGGGCUUUGUCUGGAAUCCAGAAAUCUUCCUUCCCUCGUACAUGGAUUGCGACUACGUGCCGCUCGAAAAUCAACGGGAGCCGGUCCAUGAAAUCGUUCUCAGCGACGAAGAAUCCCGAAACAUGCUCCCUCAAUAG